CCGCAAGAUGGAUAUUCUUGCGUUUAUAUACAUAUUGUGUUUGUUUAGACUUUGUACUUGUGCGGGUUCUCAGAACGGAAGGCUGAACGGGUCUACCGGCGCUUCAGCGGGUCAAGCAUUUGAAACUGAACAGUAUACGGAAGAUGACGUCAAGGUCGUCAAAUGUACAUUCAACAAGGGCGUGGAAUUCAACGCCCUAAACUAUGGAGGAGAGACCAUUUGGGAAGGAAAGAAGGGAGAGUACUGCACUCUCUCUCGCCUCUAUCUCGACGAUAACAAGGCUGCUCUGCUCGUCGCAACCAUAAAGAAAAGGGGUAACUCUACCACGAUAUACCGCUACAAGAACGGCAACAGGUGGGUGGACAGUGACAAGGAUACCCACAGUAGACAAUUGACGGAGUUAAAGGAUAAGGCAGCAGGCAAUUUCAGCGCCGGAUCAAGCCGCUCUAGGAGCAGCAGGAACGUCAAAGACGUGGCUGUAAGUGACGACUCUGAGGACGAAGAUGAUGAAGAAGAGGAGGAUGUGAGACGGGAACAAAGAGCUCGAAGUACCAGAGCUAGAGAUUCCUGGAACAACCAAGAAGAUGAAUAUGAAGAAGAUGACGAUAGUAACAGUUCAUCAAAUACCAGAAGAAACCUACAAAGAAAUGAAGUUGAACACAAAAGAGCUACAAAUGAUAGUGCAGCGGAACGAGCAUUUUGGCGCGGUAUUCCUGAAAGACAAAGGAAGAAACUUGAAGAUGAAGCCAGACGUUCCGUCAAGGUCGACGAUAAGCCAUGGGAUAUGGCCUUUGGAGCCAUGAAAUCCGGAGGUGAUUCGCAUGGCAGAAUAGUUAUAGUCUCGGAAGAGCAAGAACCAUCACAUAGAGCUUCUAGAACACCAGAGUCACGUCCAAAACGACCUUCACAUGACGAUGAAGAUGACGAGGAGAAUGAAGAGGAGAAUGAACAGGAUGAAUACGAAGAUGAGGAUAAUGAUUCAGACGAGGAAGAUGAAGAAGAAGAAGAAGAGGAGGAAGAAGAUGGCGGAUCUCACGCAUCCUUUGAUAUUAUUAGACCCAACAAAUCAUUAUGCGACGUUUUUGACUAUGCCUUUGAUGGUGUUCCCACUAGGCACAUUGUCCCUAAACGUAAUGUUGUUAUAGUCCAGUUAGUGAGUGGGAAGGACAAGAUUUGGGUUGGAGAACGGGAUGAACAUCUACUCUACGCUACCUUCCAUAUUAAAUCCAAUAAGCCCGUGUUGGCCUAUAUUUCCAAGGAAUCUCCCAAGAGCAAAUUCGUUUCGCUUGUCAAGACAGACAGAGGGUGGAUAUGUACAAACGACUAUAUCGGAGAGUUGAAGAACCUCAUGACUCCUCAGGCCGAUCCAAGGGAGUUUGUCCUUGACAUCGCCAACAAGGAGACUGUCGAUGCAUACAGAGUCUUCCAGACAGUUCAAGAGGGCGUGAGAACACGUUUCUACUUCCCCAAAACAGGCUACACUUCUAGGAAGCUAUAUCAGAACCAAACUAAAAUAUGGGAGUGUAGUUCCAAAAACGCAUGUCAUUGCAGCAAAGUACCAGAGUGGAGAGUUAUAGGCGUUAAAGUCUGCAUGAGGAAAGACAAGGACUGUAUGGUUACACUUACUCUGAAACACAUUCUUCGUAACACUAUCAAGGCUGCGCAUUAUGGAUUGAUACAUGGCUAUUGGACAAGUGUUAGUGACCAUGUACAUGACGAUGUCAUCCGGGAACUUCGCAAGGCUUUCCCUGCGGAGUGA